AUGUCGGAUUCUCCACCACCGUCACCGUCGCAGCACGCAACUGCCCAUGCCUACGCCAGCAAUGGCCUAGAGAUCCUUCAAGCCGCCAGCGAUGCUGCGCAGGCCAUCCAAAACCCGCAAGCUCUUCAACAUGCCGCAGCAGCAGUCGCAGCCGAAGCCGUGUCCCAGGUGUCCCAGGUGUCCCAGCAGCCUCAGGGCGUGGGCAUGCCCGGGCUUGCCCAGGGUCCAGACAUGGCACAGCAGCAUCUGGUCGCCGGCACGGGAGGCAUCAUGCGCGAUCCGACCGUCAAUCCGAAACUCACGCGUCUAAGGAGGGCGUGUGACAUGUGCAGCAUGCGCAAGGUGAAAUGCGACGAUAGCAACAUUCCCUGCCGGCCGUGUCGCGAGCUGGGCGUCGAAUGCACAUAUGAACGAGAGACCAAGAGACGUGGCCCCCCGAACAAGCAUGCCGAAGCGGCCAAGGCGGCGAAGCGGCAGCGUCUAGAGAUGGCCGCUGUUGUCUUUCCCCCUGCGUCCCCGUCGCCUCAGACUGCGGCCAAGGCGUUGAUGAACAUUUCGUCGGAUGGCAUUCUUGAUGCCGAGUCCAUUGCGCCCAUGCCCGUGCUGGAGCUUCUCGUGGACGACUUCUUCACCUAUAUACAUCCCUUGGCGCCGUUUCCCCACGAGCCCACCUUUCGACAGUCGUUUGCGAACCGUGAAGACCGAACGCGGCCCGAGUUUCUGGGAUUACUGGCCAGCAUGGUUGGUGCCUUGGUCGCGUCUUUUCCGAGAAGCGCGAGGGAGCACCUCAAGGCGCAGCACAGCACGCAUCUGUUCCCCAAGGCCAUCGUUCUGGUGGAGAAAUGCCGCGACAUUGCGCUUCUUACGCGCGGUAGUAAAUGGAUCUUGAAGCAACCCAAGACGUUGGACGAUGCUUGUACGAGCUACUUCCUCGGUUUGGCCGGGGCCUAUACGCUGCAGUGGAAUCCAGCACGCCAUUUCCUAGCAGAGACGUUGAUUUUGAUGCGGGAACUGGGCUUUAUGCGGCCAAAACACGCGGGAGACCUGCCAACCUUUGGCACUGAUCCGUACUCGACCGAGCCGCUGCCGUUUAAUCACGUCAAGGAUCAGAUCGGGAAGCGCCUUUUCUGGUGUCUCCUGUUGGGCAUUAGGUCCAUGACUCAAUUGGGUAUCACUGGGACGGAUUUGGUCAUUGCACCAUCUACGCCAAGCUUGCCUUAUCCUUCGUAUCCCGAGAAUGUCGACGACAUUUGCGUCCUGGCGAACGAGAUUAUCCACCAGGCUGAGGGGACCGUCACACUGCUGACAGGAUUCCGAUUUGGCAUCGACAUAUACACGACGAUGAAUGGCGUCGUGAGCCUGGAGCUUGCGUAUGGCAUGAACACGUUGCCUUGGGCGGACCAGCGAAUCCUUCUGCGGGAUGGCUUGAUGGCUGCAAAGGGAAUCGUCGACAACCUUCCGCCAGAACUGCAGCUUUCAGCACAGGGUGAAGACGCGAAUUCGCUAGCGACGCUAGACGAAUCAGGCCUGCAAUACGUACCGCCUGUCUGGCCAAACGCCCAGCCGUCCCACGAUGUCCGCAACGUCAUCAAGACGCAACCAGCACAGCGGCGUCGCUUACAGUACGAGAUCCAAAAAGCCAACAUUUUCAUGUCUCAACUGGCGACGCGGUCGUACUUUGUAGAAUUGUACUUUAACCUCCGAGACGUACACCUGGCUGACGAGCAAAAUAACCCCGUGGGGGAUCGCAGUGAGGAGGAACGAGCAUUACAGGACGCAGACGAUAAAGAGAUUUUUGCUCUCAUGGCCGGGGAACGGGAAUUAAUCGUGCAGAACCUCCUUGAAGUCCUGGGGUCCAUCUCCCAGCGAAACAUGGAACCCAACGGACUGUCGCUCAUCAACAAGAUCCGCCAGGUUGCAUCGACGCUAUUGAACGACUCGGCGGAUCGCAAGGGGCCGGUGGCUAUCAAGUCGGAAGAGGCCUUGUCUCAACUGAUUGACAUACUGAUCAAGCUGGAGAAGACGGGUCCCGCGGCGGCGAGUCGCGCAGGCGAUCCGAACCACAUGACGGCAGAGGACGAGGAGGAGGAGCUGCGGCAUUGGGCUGACUUGAGAGAGUACCAGCUGAGAUUUGCGGCGAGUGGUGGCUAUGCCGGCGUGGGAAUCUGA